AUGGCAACUCUUGACAUCAGUGAAAAUAGUAACCUUCUUCGGAUUUGAGAGAAGGAGAGAGGCAACCAAGAAGCUCACCCGGAGAAAGAGGUGUUUGCAGAAAAGAUGCCACUGUUUGGAGAGCCGUACAAGACUACAAACAGGGAUGAGUUGUCGCGUCGGAUACAGAACAUACUAGGAGACUACGAAGUGAUGAAGGAGUUAUGGAGAUCUAUGUCUUGUACUCAGUGUCCAAAUGGUUCUGAAGACAGCCAGGGGAAGCCGAAAUAUCCUUCAUUUCAUGACAAGGAGAGCCUUGAAUCCAACUCCUGUUGCACGCACAUCUACCACAAGCUUUUCGGUACUUCUUCUGCCCGUGGAUCACCUUUUGUUGGUAACAUUAGCCACAGUUCAAAGAUGGCACCACCAAGGAUGGAGCCAGUGCCAAGUCUCCAUGCCAAAAACUAUGGUCCACCCGACAAACAGCAUCUGACUCGAGAUCGCCUCAGUCAGGAGGGGCACUCUUCAAACCACAAAAAGUGUGACCGCAGAGCUGAUGGUGACUCAGCUCCGGCUAAAAAACUCUCACCCUUAAUCUCCCCUGUGUCCCAUUUGUCCCCUGUACAUUCCAGACUGCAAAGAACCAGCAAGGUUUACAGCAGCAGUAGCACUAGCAAUAAAGGCUACUGUGCAGACACGUCUUCCAAGGACCUGAAGGUGAAGGUUCAAGAUAACGAGCCUCCUCUCGCCAGUUCAGUGGUAAUUACGAGACUGGGGGUGGCCUCUUCUCAAACGUUUCCACCCCCACCCCUCCCCUCAGAAAGUGUUGCAAUGCAGCAGAAGCCCAUGACAUGUAUCUGGCCCACGGAGGGUCAGAAUCAGGCUCCCAGUGAGUCCUUGGGCCUGAAGCCACCACUGGAAGACAAUGGUCGGCAGAACUUCGAAAAACUGGAUGUAAAAGUGCCAGCCAAAGCCAAACUCACCAGACUGAAGAUAUCUUCACAGUCGGAGUCGGUGGAGCAGUUGUUCUCCAAUGAAGUCCGCUGCAUUGAGGAGAUUCUGAAGGAAAUGACCCAUUCGUGGCUCCCUCCUCGGACAGCCAAGCAUAAACCCAGGACGGCCAAGACCAAGCAUACACCCAGUACGGCCAAGUCAUCCAGAUCUCCUUUCCCUACAAAGGAGCCUCUGCCCAAUAGUUCUGCAACCCAAAGCCAUAAUCAAUACGAUCCGGCUUCCAAAAUUUAUCCCAAUUCCCAGCAAAAAACAUCCACACUCGGUGCGGACCUGCAGCUCAGUGAUAGUGAAGAGAGCGACACAGAACAAACUACAGAGAAGCUUCCAUCCCUAUCUGCACCUUCAAGCGCUGCCCAGAUUCUCCCCAAGCCGGAUCCCAAUUCCCAGCAAGGAACAUCCAUACUCUGGGAGGACCUGCAGCUCAGUGAUAGUGAAGAGAGCGACAUUGAACAAACUGCAGAGAAGCUUCCUUCCCUAUCUGCACCUUCAAGCGCUGCCCAGAUUCUCCCCAAGCCGGAUGCCAAUUCCCAGCAAGGAACAUCCAUACUCUGGGAGGACCUGCAGCUCAGUGAUAGUGAAGAGAGCGACAUUGAACAAGCUGCAGAGAAGCUUCCUUCCCUAUCUGCACCUUCAAGCGCUGCCCAGAUUCUCCCCAAGCCGGAUCCCAAUUCUCAGCAAGGAACAUCCAUACUCUGGGAGGACCUGCAGCUCAGUGAUAGUGAAGAGAGCGACAUUGAACAAGCUGCAGAGAAGCUUCUUUCCCUAUCUGCACCUCCAAGCGCUGCCCAGAUUCUCCCCAAGCCUGAUCUCAAUUCCCAGCAAAAAACAUCCAUACUCUGGGAGGACCUGCAGCUCAGUGAUAGUGAAGAGAGCGACAUUGAACAAACUGUAGAGAAGCUUCCUUCCUUUUCUGCACCUCCAAGCGCUCCCCAGAUUCUCCCCAAGCCGGAUCCCAAUUCCCAGCAAGGAACAUCCAUACUCUGGGAGGACCUGCAGCUCAGUGAUAGUGAAGAGAGCGACAUUGAACAAGCUGCAGAGAAGCUUCUUUCCCUAUCUGCACCUCCAAGCGCUGCCCAGAUUCUCCCCAAGCCUGAUCCCAAUUCCCAGCAAAAAACAUCCAUACUCUGGGAGGACCUGCAGCUCAGUGAUAGUGAAGAGAGCGACAUUGAACAAGCUGCAGAGAAGCUUCCUUCCCUAUCUGCACCUCCAAGCGCUCCCCAGAUUCUCCCCAAGCCGGUGGUGUCAGCAUAUUCCAGUAGUGCAAAGUCGGAAAAUAAGGGUGAAAACUGCAACACUGACCAGCUACACCCUGAGUCCAAAGGCUCUCCCCCCAAGAGUUCCAGCAAAGCUGUCCAAGAUCCCACUGAAGGGCCCCAACCUGAGGAGAGGAGCUGCCAGAAAUCCCCUGCCCAACAGGAGUCCCCACCUCAGCAAACUAUUGAAACCAAACAACCCAGAAAACCUGCCAAGGGCUCUGGCCAGGUGGAAAGUAAACCAGGACCCCUGCCUUCUGUAUCAAAAAAUCAGACUUCCAAAGACAAACCCGAGAUGAAGGCAAAAGGCAGGGAGCCUAAGCCUGAAGCUCCUAUGCCCAACCAUCAGGCAGCCGAGCCUGCCCCUAAGGAGAAAAGGAAGCACAAGGGUUCCCAGGCUCCCUCAGGCCCUCAGCCUCCAAAGGACAAAGCUCUAAACAGGAACUCUUUCACUCCACCCUACGGUGGUAAGGGCUGCAGUGGUGGCAGCAGUGGCAGGUCUAGCCACUGCCAACAAACUGCAAGUGUCCGGGAAGACGGUCAAAAGAGAGACACCGAAUUGCUCUCACUGCUCAGGGACUCUCCACUACCAACGAGUUUGGUAGAGAAGAUAAACCUAGAUCACCUCACUCGGAUUCCCCAGCCCCUGGGGAAGGGUGGCAGCCCUAGGAAAGCAGAAGACAGGCAGCCGCAAGCAGAUAAGAAGCAAGACUCUGAAAAGAGAGACUGCAAUGGCUCCAGCAGACUGAGCAAGAAGAGAAAGGGCAGCGACUCAGAAAAAGACCAUGCCAGCAAGAAAAUCAGAAGGGAGAAAGAUGUCCAGUCACAUUGUACUUCUUCUUCCUCUUCCCAUACUGAAUCUUCCAAAACAGAGACUUCCAAAAUGCCUUCUCUGCCACCUGUGUCAGCCUCUUCCUCCUCCCAGAAGUCAACCAAAACUGCAGGCAAGAAGCCAAAGCCGGAUGUAGACACCUGUGGUCAGGACCCUCCCAAAAGUGCAGGCAGUGCCAAUGCCAAUGACAAGGACUCUUCUGUUCCCAAGCCCAGAAAAGUGCCGAAAGUGCAGGCCAAGGGCUCGGAAUACAAAGGGUCUUCUAGAGAAGCCACAAACGCGUUCCUAGUGCCUUCUUCGCCAAAGGGUAACUGUAAACCAGGGAAGCCACAAGUGAAACCUUACAUGCAGAAAGCUGACUUUUACAUGAAGGAAGCUCAAAGGUUGAAGUGUAAAGCAGCGGCAAUGACGAACAAGAUCAAAAAGGCCUUCAAAUAUUUGGAAGCUGUCCUGUCUUUAAUUGAGUGUGGGAUGGCCAUGGAGUCAGAAAGCUCAGUAAAGGCAGCGUACGCUGUCUACUCAGAAACUGCAGACCUCAUUAAGUUCACGAUGUCAUUAAAAUCCUUCUCGGAUGCCACGGUGCCAGCACAAGAAAAGAUAUUUGACGUUUUAUGUUUACGUUGCCAGUCACUGGUGAACAUGGCGAUGUUUCGCUGUAAAAAGGACAUAGUAAUGAAGUAUUCUCACUCUCUUGGUGACCACUUCAACAAUUCUUCUCUGUGCACAGGUAUUCCGUCCUCCCUCUCCCCAGUGCCUUCUCCUGCCAGAUCUGUCAGGUCCCAGUCAAGUGCUGGUGGGAUGAUGGCCACCGUCAGUGUCCCAGUCACCAUCCAGAACAAGACCUUUGCCUAUUUCACCAUCACAAACCACCUCCUUAAAGCCUUGGAACUCUGGGAACAGUCAGAGGCCCUUACAAAUGAGAAUAAAAAAUUCUUUGCUCAGCUCAGCACAAAGGUGCAUAUCUUGACCCUCAACAGCAGCCUGGUGGACCUGGUGAUCUACACAAGGCAAGGUCUGCAGCGGCUGAAACAAACACCCAAAAAUCCCUAA